UUAACUUGCUCUCGUGUCGUGAUGGUCAAGACAAAUGAUUAAAUGAAUAAUUUCAUUGAAUUUGUAUUUUUGUUUUUAAUCUAGUGUAAAAAAAAGUUAAUUGUGAUAAAUUUGUUUAGAAUUUUUAAUAAUAAAAUAAAAGUAAAGAACUAUUUUUGUGUCUAUUAUAUUUUACUAUCUUUUGUUUUCUCGCUCGAUAAGAAUAUUUUUUUUUUUUUUAACAAAACACAAUGGAGUUUACAGUACGUCUUGCAAUGUUUGUACUGAGAUUCAUAUUAAAAUUAUUACAGCCAAUUUAUUGGUUUGUCAAUUAUCAUCGACAAAAAGAAUUGCCAGCAAUUAAAAAUCCACUUUUAUUACUCAGUGCCAAGGAAAUAGCAAAAAAAAUUCGUAAUCGAGAGAUUUCUAGUGAGGCUGUAGUUGAGGCUUAUAUUGAACGAAUUAAAGCAGUAAAUCCACAAAUAAAUGCUGUAAUUGAAAAUCGAUUCAAUGAAGCAAUGAAAGAAGCAAGAGCCUGUGAUAAAAAAUUUGAAGCCGGUGAAAUUAAUGUUCAUACAUUGGAGAGAGAUCAACCACUAUAUGGAGUACCAUUUUCUGUCAAGGAAGCAUGUUCACUCAAAGGAUACAGUUACACGGGAUGUACUCUCGUGAGAAAAGAUGAAAAAUCAUUCGAAGAUGGAGAAGCAGUGAAAUUAAUGAAAUUAGCCGGCGCUAUUCCAUUAUGCGUUACAAAUACACCUGAAAUGUGUGCAGGAUUUGAUUCGUCAAAUCUAAUUUAUGGAACAACAAAUAAUCCAUAUGAUACAAGACGAAUAGCCGCUGGUUCUUCUGGUGGUGAAGGUGCAUUGGGAGGAGCAGGAGCAAUUCCUAUAGGAAUUGGUUCGGACAUUGCCGGUUCUAUAAGAGUUCCCUGUUUAUUUAACGGAAUUUUUGGACAUAAAGCAAGCGCUGAUGUUGUUCCAGUGAAGGGACAUUAUCCCAUGUCACCAUCGGAAGUAUUUCAAAAAUAUUUAGCAAUUGGUCCAAUGGCAAGACACAGUGAAGAUUUAUUGCUUGCUAUGAAAAUAUUAAGUAAAAAUUUUAAAGAAAAGUUACAAUUAGAAAAAUCAGUUGAUAUAAAUAAUUUAAAAAUAUUUUACAUGGAAAAAUUUCCAAAUAGUCCAGGUGAAAUUCCCGUUUCACGUGAUAUAAGAAAUUCAAUAAAAAAAGCUGUUCAAUUUUUAAAAAAACAUGUUUCAAGCGUCGAGUGUCCAAAAAUAGAUGAAUUAAAAGACAUUUAUGAGAUUUCAAUUGCAAUGUUUUUUUGCGUUGAAGAUGUACCUAGAAUAUUAUUGAAUCCAGAUGAUCCAAAAAAAGAAAAAAAUCCUUUCAUUGAAUUGGGAAAAGCAAUCUUUGGAUUAUCACAACAUACAAAAAAUACAAUUUUAAUGAGCGUUUUUACAGAAACUCGAGGACUUAUGUUACAAUCAAAAUUAUCCUACUAUCGAGAAAGGGAAAUUAAAAUACAAACUAAAUUUGAGAAUUUACUUGGAACUAAUGGAAUUUUGAUAAUUCCAUCUUAUCCAACAGCAGCUUUACUUCGUAAUCAAGCAUUUUUAAAUUUUUCCGGAGCAUGUUAUUCCAUUUUAUUCAAUAUUCUAGGAUUUCCAGCGACUCAAGUUCCAAUGGGUCUCAACGAACAAGGACUUCCAAUUGGUUUUCAAAUAAUUGCCAAUAAAAAUCAAGAUAGAUUAUGUUUAGCAGUUGCUCAAGAAUUGGAGAAAGAAUUUGGCGGUUGGAUUCCACCAAAUAGUAGUUGAUUUUUUUUAUACAAAAAUAUAAAUAAAAAUAAUUUGUGUUUUUUUUUUAAAGUUAAAAAACUCUAAAAAUUUUUGAUUUAAUAAAAUAUAAACAAAAAUUAUUAUUUAAAUCAACAUUCCAAAUUGGAAAAUGAAUUAAUUUUUAAUAUUAAAAUAAAAGAAAUUUAUUUUUUUUUUCUUAAACUUUUGAUAUUUAUUUGAAAAUAUCAUCACAUUCUAUCGUCAUUUUAAGAUAAUAAGCUAAAAAGAUUUUAUUACGUAAAUACCUCCCCGAAGGCGAAACUAUCGUACAUUAUAAACUUAAACAUAAUAUUUAUCUUUCAUAGACAUUCGUUCGCAUAAAUAUAUAUAUAUACUUUUUUUUUUUUUUUUUGCAAAUACUAUUCAUUCAUAUUGCAAUUAAACUUAUUUAAAAUGUACGAAUCUCUAAACUUUAACAAUGAAUAAUAAUUGACUAAUCACAAUAUAUAAGAAAUACUUUUUUUUUUAAAUAUAUAUAAUAUAAAAAAGAAGCAAGUCAUUGCUGACAAAAAAUUCAAGUUUCUUCUUUAUACAAUUUUCACAAACAUCAAUUUUAUUAUUUCUAAAUUUAAAAAUAAGAAAAUUGUGUUUAAAAAAUUAAAAAAUAUAAAAACAGAAAGUAACAAAAAUGCUAAUAAAAAAAAAUUAUAUAAUUUUCCUAGUAAAAUUAUUUUUCUAGAAAGAAAAAAAUUUUUUUUUUCUUCAAUGACGAAUAAUAUGUUUUUAUGCAAGAAUCUUGUUCGACAAAUAAAACGUGUAAAAAUUAUGAAUUGAAAUAUGCAAAUUUCAGAAAAAGAGAGAAAAAAAAAUAUAUGUAAUUUUCUAUUUCGUCAUUUAAAAAUAAAAAAAAAAAAAAAAAAAAAAAAAGAAAAAAUGAAAA